AUCGCAUGUGUGACAUCAUUCUCAAUGGCGCCCUCAAUCUGGGCUGGCCUGCGCAUAGCAAGAACCCUGAAAAUGGGCCUCCAGCCGCUCCCACUUCAAUUUGCCAGCGCUUGCUAUUGUCGUUGCUAUUACCUUGUACUAAACGUCCUGUUCAGCUGCAGUUAUGUCCAAUAUUCAACCUUAUCAGGAGAGGAAACAUCGCGGCCUCGGUCGCCUGCUCGGCAAACGCGAUAAGACCCCAGAAAGCGAACGCCCUGACCUCCAGACCGAUUCUGCAUAUGGAAGCAGCGAAGCCAAUAGUGCGGACGUUCCCGCUCCAGCAAGGAGUAGCCUCACGAGAAGCGAACCAGCACGAAGCGACCCUGACAUGGUGUCUGCGGAGAAGGGCAGUGAGAUCGGCGAUAUUGAUCAGAACCGGAAUUUGGCUCUGAGGCCUUCGACGGGAGAGGUCUUUGACGAGGAUACUGGUGAAAUCGUGACGGUGGUUACUACCACGACAACCACAACCACGACCACCACCAGAAAACCGGGAGGAAAACCACAACAGGAUGUGCAGAAAGAUGUCAGACGAGAGGUCCAGCCUGGCCCAAACCAUACAGGACGAACAGGACUGCAGGAAAUGCCUGCAGUGUCGAGUGAACAACAGUCUCGAGUGCAACAGCCUGCGAUAAACUCUACGAGCACCACCCAAGGAGCGCCACCACUACCAGCACCAGCCAGCGACAGGGUCUCUGCUGACUUACCACCUGUACCAGCCAGAAGUGCCAUGCGAAAAUCACAGGAGAUUCCUCGAAACGUGCCUGGAGGUCUGCCUCACGACGAUCUCCCUGUCAGUCCCGUCGAUGCCACAUAUCCGACAGGACGGACGGGAAUGACACCCCCUGGCAGUCCUUCACGGCCCAACUACAGCUAUCCCAGUCGUUCAUCGAUCCGGACGGCCGAUCAGCCCAUGCGUCACAAUCCAAGCACAAUGAAUGAUCUAAAGGCAGCUGCCAAGGGACUGCAUGGAAUUGGAGAGACAUUACGCGGAACACUGAACUCGUCAAUUGACAAACGCUUCCCUCCGGGGGAUGCGGAGAAGGCAGCCAUGGUUCAAGCUCACAAUGCGGCAGUCUUGGAAAAGGGCCGCGCCGAGAUAGACGGCAUUCCCGGAGGAUGGCCAAAGCAUGAACAGGGCGCGGCCGCCCAUGAUAUCACGACAGGUGCACCAGCCACGACGGGCGCAACGGCACCAUCGACAUCCCUCAAUCAACCACAGCGGAGCGUUUCUCCUGGUGAGAAUGGAAAAUCACGGACUCUAGGCAAACUCUUUAAGAGGAAACCAGUGGCAGCGGGUGAACAAGGUAUGGACACAAGGUGACCAUGUGAAUGAUAUGCAAAUUUGAACGAUGAUCAUACUGCUGGUCAAUCUCGUCGAUAUUACUAGGGCUGUCUGCAUCGCGAGCCUGCUUAUGACUGAAUGUUAUACGAGGCAUGUAGAUUGAUAUCUGUGAUGUUAUAGCAUUGCUCUGGAAAUCGACGAAUGUUUCGCCUCGUUGGGGUCUGCCUGGCGAGGAGCUGAUGCAACGAGCCUGUCAAGCUCCAAGCAACGUAGCACUUUGAUGGCCAUAUGAAUUCCGAUAUCUAGAUCGGACACUCUUGUUGGAUGAUCGGGUAAUGGUCCCUUUAAGGCUCUCGUU